CCACCGUCCUCCGCCGCCACAGCCCGAAGCUACUGGCGGUGGAGCAAACAAGAUUUCUUCCCGGAGCCAUCCUUCCAGAACCCGAAAUCCUACCGGACGGCCCUGAUAAACAUCUGUCCACGCCUCAAGGACCGCCUUCUCAACCGCUCAACCGACUCCAAUGAGCUCCUCGUCCUCCCUCAAGCAAGCGAGAACCGUAUGAAUCGCUGCCUCACCUGGUGGGACCUCCUUUGGCUCUCCUUCGGCUCCGUCGUCGGCUCCGGCAUCUUCGUCAUCACCGGCCAGGAGGCCCGCCUCGGUGCUGGACCGGCCAUCGUCCUCUCUUACGCCGCUUCUGGGUUCUCCGCUCUUCUCUCCGCCCUCUGCUACACCGAGUUCGCCGUCGACGUUCCCGUCGCCGGCGGCUCCUUCUCCUAUCUCAGAAUUGAGUUGGGCGACUUCGUGGCCUUCAUAGCCGCCGGCAACAUCCUGCUCGAGGCCCUAGUCGGCGCCGCCGGCCUCGGCCGCUCCUGGUCUUCCUACUUCGCCAGCAUGGUUAAAAACGACCCGGAUUUCUUCCGGAUCCGGGUCAGUUCCUUCAAACCCGGAUUCAACAUGCUGGAUCCUUUGGCGGUUUUUGUUCUCGUAAUCACAAACGGCAUUGCCAUGAGUGGAACAAGAAAUACCUCCAUAUUAACCUGGCUUAGUUCUAUUGUUACCACUUUGGUAAUUGGGUUCAUCGUUGUGGUUGGUUUUGUUCAUGGAAAAACCUCAAACUUGGUGCCGUUUUUCCCUUACGGGGCGAAGGGGGUUUUCAGUGCUGCUGCUGUUGUGUAUUGGUCGUACACUGGAUUUGACAUGGUGGCAACAAUGUCUGAAGAGACCAAGAACCCUUCAAGGGAUAUACCUAUUGGUUUGGUUGGUUCAAUGAGCAUGAUCACUGUGAUUUAUUGCUUGAUGGCUUUGGCACUUGUGACGAUGGUGAAGUACACUGAGAUUGAUGUCGAUGCUGCUUAUUCUGUUGCUUUUUCUCAGAUUGGGAUGACUUGGGCUAAGUACCUUGUGAGUGUUUGUGCAUUGAAGGGAAUGACCACAAGCUUGCUUGUGGGGUCCAUGGGGCAAGCUAGGUACACGACUCAGAUUGCAAGGUCACAUAUGAUUCCACCUUUUUUUGCACUAGUUCACCCCAAGACAGGAACCCCAGUUAAUGCCACUCUGUUGAUAACUAUAUUCAGUUCUGUUAUUGCUCUUUUCUCUAGUUUGGAUGUUCUGUCUAGUGUUUUCUCUAUUAGCACUCUUUUCAUUUUUAUGCUUAUGGCCGUUGCAUUGCUUGUGAGGAGAUACUAUGUGAGAGAGACCACGUCCAAGAAGGAUUUGAUUAGACUUGUUGUGUGCUUGUUUGUUAUUAUUGGUUCUUCUGCUGUUGGGGCUGCACUUUGGAACUCGGACAAGCUGGGUUGGGUAGGCUAUACAGUGGCUGCUUUUGUUUGGUUUUUGGCCACUUUGGGAAUGAGUUUUCUUCCAAAGCUGAGGACUCCAAAGGUUUGGGGUGUUCCACUGGUUCCGUGGCUGCCUUCAUUGUCUAUUGGAACCAACCUUUUUCUCAUGGGGUCUUUAGGUUCUCAGGCUUUCUGGAGGUUCUUGAUUUGCACUGCUGUAAUGCUUUUAUAUUAUUUAUUUGUUGGUGUCCAUGCAACUUAUGAUGUUGAGCAUCAAAAUGAUGAAGAAUCAAAGCAUGGUGAGGGAAUGGAUGAUACCAAUCAAGGGGUCUUAUAGCUAGUUUCCUAGUUUGAUCUAUAGAGAUUUGAUAAAUUCUUUUAUAUUGCUGGGGUUACUUACAGUACAUGUGAACCGCUAAGAUCUUUUUUGUUUUAAGAAAUUGAUUAUUUUAGCUUUCCUGCUGUGGAGUAAAAAGAACUUGAUCAUUUUUUUUUCCUUGGAGAACUAACUAUGCAGU